UAAUUAGCAGAAUGAGCCCACGAAGUUCUCCAGGUCGCCACCCACGCCGCGAUCUUCAACAGAUAUCGAAGAUACCACCCGCCGAACACGAAGUGGUCGAACUGCAAUGCCGUCCAGCUCACCGAUGGAGGAAGAGAAGCCGCGACCGAAGCCCGCGCCGAAGUCCAAGAAGGCCAAGACAGGAAAGGGCGAGAAGCCGAAGACACCAAAGUUAACAGCACCUUUGAGCAUAUUGACCAAAGAUAUGGCUGGCAUACCUGUUCGGAACAUGGAGGAGUGGGUGAAUAGAUCUGCUGAAACCCGGAAGAAGGAAGUCGAGAAACGGAACGGCUACGUGACGAGGCCCAUGAACUCAUUCAUGCUCUACCGGUCCGCGUACGCUGAAAGAACAAAGCAGUGGUGUCUGCAAAACAAUCAUCAAGUCGUGUCGUCGGUGUCGGGGGAAAGCUGGCCCAUGGAACCGCCCGAGGUGCGCGAGUUAUUCAACGAAUAUGCGAAGAUCGAAAGAAUAAACCACCAGAACGCGCACCCAACGUACAAGUUCUCCCCGAGCAAGGCAGCCGCCCCGGCACGCAAGAGGAAGCGCGAGUUCUCCGACGAAGAACCUAGUGAUCUUGAGGAUGCCGAAUGGAACCCAAGCUCCGAUCGCUCCAGGUCUCGCUCGUCCAAACGCAUGAGCCAAGGUCCAGGAUACCCAAUGAACGGUAUGAGCCCUGAGUUCUUCGACCAGCGCUUCGGGCCCAAUAUUGUCGGCAUGAACAGGCCGGGCUGGGAAAUGACCAACGAAUGGCGACCGAUGCCGAUGCCUAUGGAGGAUCCAUACGGCCAAUACUACCAGACCUCUGUACACCCAGGCAUGGGUAUGCAUCAAGGCAUGGUGGAAGACAUGAGGAUGCGACGCGCUGACACCCCGAUCUCCACGAUGCAGCUGUCGCAGGACACUGCACUUCUCGGGUUACCAGGAGGCAAUGCAAACGACUUGAUGCAGCAGAUGCACUCCCAUUCAAACAAUUCUCUUCCCGCUGAACCACAUGUCGAUCCACUGCUCAUGAGUCUUGAUGGGGGACACCACGACCUUGGCGUCCCAGCAUCUCAUCCGGAAUUUCGAAAUGGACACAUGGCUAUGAUGGAGGGUGAACUUGACGGACACAGCGUGGACAGCUUCAUCGGAGCAGAAGCCACCCAUGAAGAAUACCGCACCGAGGCUUGGCAACAGUAUUCGAACAUGGGGUCCAUGGAGUCUCCGGAGUCAGAGUUCGACAAGUGGUUGGGCGAUCGAUGACAUGUUUCCAAGAGUUGCAUACAUGGGUGCGGUUUUUGUGAGUGGCGCCAUUGGGCAUAUACCGGUGCAUUCGGGCUAUGGCGUUUGGCGGCAAAGGGUAUACCCAAGUGUUUGAAUAGACGAUAAUUCAGGUUUUGUCGGUCGUUUUAUUUUUAACUCAUCAUAUCACCAGUCAUUAUAUAGACCAUUUGUAGAUCAGUUUGUUCGUCAACAAUCUUGCUCCUGCCGAAUCUUAGCCAUCUGUUUGUGAACCAACAUCCUGUGG